AACACAAUAAUUUUUACGUUUCUAUUAAAGUGCUGCGACGUACUUCAGGUGGAGAUAGCUGAGGAUAAGCCAAGAAAACAUUUCAGUUAGUGAAGAGCGAACGAAAGUUCAAUAAGCGAAAUAAAGAGCAGAGUAGCAACUGAUUGAAAUACCAAUCCAUAUUCCAGCGUACCAUUAGACUGGUAUAACGGUGCAAUAGUGUACCGUUAUAACGGAUAGAUGACCUAUAGGAUAACACUAUUUAGGACAACAGUGUAGCGAAUUAGCGUAAAAGAUGGUGAUAGCUGAGAGCUGCGGAGUGCGUUGCAGCCGCGUGAUGCUGCUGCUGUAUAAUACAGUCUUCUGUUUGGUGGGCUUGACGGUGGGCUGUGUGGGCUUGUGGAGUCUUUCAGGCCAGGGCUGGAACAUCCUGCAAGCCCUUGUCCCUCCAGCCCACUCAGUUAUGAGUGGGCCUCAGUCAGCCCACCCACUCAAGCAGCCCACUUCAUGGACGCCCACUC